AUGGAACCCAAUGGUAACUCAUCAGGCUUCAGCGAUCAGAAGACCAACAAGAAGAUAUUCACUCCCUCCGCGACUAUGAAGCCACACGGGAAGUCCACUGCUGCCUUGGCGAUUGCGGCUAAACCUAACGGCAAAAGGGCUGUUUCAUCUGCCAUUCCGAAGAAGCAAAAAUCUGAUGUUGCUCUCUCCUCCGCGCAUGGUGACCGAGUGAUGUUCUUAAGAGAUGUUUCUCGCUGCCCACACGAAACCGAGUUGAGGUUUCUUCUGAUUAAUUUUUGGGAGGCUCGAAAUCCAAAUACGAAAGAGCUCAUUGGACAGGAGUUGCUUCUUAUUGACGAAGAGGGAGCUGUUAUUCAAGGUUUUGUUCCAGCAGGACGGGUUGGGAUGUAUGAGCUGACACCAGGAGCUGUUUAUAAACUGCCUGGCUUCUUCGGAUCCAGGAGCAAAGUCACGUUUCGGGUUGCUGAUCAUAGCGUCACUGUAUCGUUCUCUUGGAACUCUGAUUUGUCGGUUCUUGAUAACCAUCCUGUCCCAAUACUCCAAGAUAGGUUCUGGUUCCAUAACUAUGAGGAGUUUCAGGCCAACUGUGACCACAGGGUGACCUUUAUGAUUAUGUUGGUCACAUGAAACUGGUGAAUGGGUAGACUAUCACUGACCACACUGUCCUUGAUGAAGUUGACAUAGCAAAUAAGCGGCAUCUGUGUGUUCAUGUCCAGACACAUGUGUACGAUACGAUAGGGCACACGCACAAGUUCGUUGUCAAGGUUUUCAGAUUAUAAUCUGAAAGGCAAGACUCAAACCAUAACUGUCACAAAGAUACUUCCACCAGAGGUUCCACUUGCUAUAUC